AUGGACGGAGACCAGGACUCGGUGGGAGUCGGCACUGCAGAGAGACCGCAUCCGGAUCCAGACCAGGCCGCAGGUGCAGCGUGAGGUGAGAAGGCCGUCUGGAACCAGUCGGUCACGGUCGGGUCUCGGAAGAGAGACGAGUGAGUCCAGCCCUGUGCAGCAGCAGCAGCCCGGUAAGUGAGUCCUCCUCUCAGUCCUCCUCCUCCUCAUGCCUAUUCCAUCUGUGCCAUGCCUAUUCCAUCACCUGUGCCAUGCCUGUACCAUCACUUGUGCCAUGCCUAUUCCAGGUUGCGCACUGAAUAAAGUAUUUUAUAAUUUUUCAUAUUUCUGUUUACUUACUAUUUCAUAAUAAAGUAAUUAUAAAAUACUUUCUUUGUGUUUAUUUGAUUCCUAUUCAAGAGAAUUACUUUAUAUAUAGUCAAUAUAGGCACAGAGUUAAAUUUUUUAACAUUUUCUAAUGGUGGUGUGCCUCAUGAUUUUUUUCAUGAAACAAGUGUGCCUUUGCCCAAAAAAGGUUGAAAAACACUGCUCUAUAUAUCACUCAAGGUCAUCCUGGUACUUGCCAUAAGGUACUUACUGAGUUUUUUGCCUGUUGCUUUCUUCAGUUUAUUCCUUUUAUUUUUGCCUCCCAAGACCCACAGCCUGACAUUGGCAUGGCAGCCAUGAGAUUUAUUAUUAGGGGUGGCACUGUGGUCUAAACCACCGAGCCUCUUGGGCUUGCCGAUCGUAGGGUCAGCAGUUCUAAUUUGUGCAACAGGGUGAGCUUCCUUUGCUUUGUCCCAGCUCCUGCCAACCUAGCAGUUCGAAAGCAUACCAGUGUGAGUAGAUAGAUAGGUACUGCUGCGUCAGGAAGGUAAACAACACUCUGGCUUCUGUCACGGUGUCCUGUUGCACCAGAAACACUUUCAUCUUGCUGGUCACAUGACCUGGAAAAGCUGCCUGUGGACAAACUCUGGCUCCCUUUACCUGAAAGUAGAGAUGAGUGACGCACCCCAUAAUCGAAUUUGACUGGACUUAACUGUCCAGGGGUCCUUUACCUUUACCUUAUUAGGAAUAAAUAAGAGGUUGGUGAUCAUGAAUGACUGGUUAUUAGGAAUAAAGUAUUUAAAAGUAACUUUUUAAACAGUGGUGUAAUGAGAAUGGUGUGAAAAGAACACAUGCUCUGGGCACAACCUGGACAAAAUGGGCAGCAAAGAUUGUGUAAUAAUAUAUGUCAGGGGUUGCCAACUUUUUGGGGCUCAUGGGAACAUUUGGAAUUUUGAUAAAGUAUCCUGGGUGCCAAUUAAAAAGUCUGUCAUGGGGUGUGGCAUAACAAAAUUUAGCUUCCACAUCUAAAAGAGUAGAAAAAGAGACACGACCAACAGAAUCCUGGCAUCCCAUGAAACGUUUACAGGGAGUGGAGAUGCUAAGCCAGUACAAACAGGAACUGAGAAGGAAGCACAAACUGUGGAUUUUUUAAGGGGAUGUUUACUGAGACAUUUCCCAGGUGCCAAGGAGGUACUGGUGAGCAGAGCACAUGUCAUCUGUGGAUGCUGCACUGCUGACAAAGUCAAAGGACACCUGGCAGUUCUUGCUCAGAGAAAACAUCUAAGGGAUUUUUUUAAGUAGAAAAAAAUGUUCCAAGAAGACUAUCAACUUUUCUGCGCAUUCUUGGUUCUGUGUAUUCCCCAAAGCGCUGGGGGUAAGACGCGCCUGUUAGAGCUCCUCAAUUAGAUGUUGGGGGCUCCUACUCCUUUUAACUUUUUAACUUCUUAAUCUUUUAACCCUCUUCUUAUCAAAAGUUUGGCAACCUGGGGUUUUAUAUCAGAGAACUUGUGAAGUUGGCGCUGUAAAUUAGAUCUAACGAAGUCGAACAGCUUAACAGCCGCCGCCCAGCUUAUUUCAAGGACUCAUAACUCUAAACAAUUUAAUUAAUCUCCUGAACUUUUCCCAAACUGACUCUGACUCAGGCUUUGACUCGGCAUUUUAAAUGAACUAAGGGAGGUGAAGCUGUGUUGCAGGAGUGUUCCGUUUGUGCUUGCCUCUGCCCUCCUGGCUUGUGGGUCCAACUGCGCUGUGUGCCUGCUCUGUCUUCCCACUUGUGGGUCCGGCUGUCUUGCAUGCCAGCGGUGCUCCUGGACUGAGACAGACUGGUCGAGUACUCGGCAUGGAGCCUGGGUCAAGAUAUAGACUCAAUUGAAAGGCACCUAGGGAGCCGGGGGGGGGGGGUCCACCCUCAAGACGCCAGAGACUCUUAAGCCACAGGGCUGGCAGCUGGUUGUAGCAGAGGAGAGGUAUGAUUCUGUGGCCCUGAGAACACCAGCAGUGGGGGAAACCAGAGGACUCCUGAUGCCAAGAGGAACACUUCCUCUGCCACUACAAGUGUUAGCGCAACAGCAAGAGGAGGGCCCCCUGAGACCAUCGGGGACGGCAUUGACAUUGAACAGGGCAUUUACUGAGCCUGCCCCGCCUUCCUCUGCCCACCCCCCGCUGUCGCCUGGUUGUUCAGGUUGGCAGAUUCAGAGAUCAUUCAGAGAUCAUUCGAGCAGACUCGAGCUGGCACAUGAUAGUACAAGAACUUCGUGAUGCUACAAGAACUUUGUCUGCUACAAGAACCUUUUAUUUUCCUUUCCCCCCUCCCUGCUUCCUUUGCCAUUUGUUUUAGUCCUUUGUCCAUUGUUUCAUGAUAAUAUUUAAGUUUUUGCUUGCUUACUGUUAGAUGCUUGAUUGUUGUCCUCCUGUUAUUUAGGUGUUUUUUCUUCCUUUAUGUACGUUAUAUGGUAGUUCUGUUUAGCUGUGGAAUGUUUUGGGGUUUAUUUUUUAAUUUAAUUAAUUGGUUUGUCUAAUAUUAUAAUAGUAGGCUGACAAAGAAUAUAACAGUUUCGUAUAAUCAGAGAGGUAGCUGAUGUUUAGCUGGCUUGUUCUACUCGACUAAUUAGAGUUAUCGAGUUGUUGAUACUAUAAGCAGAACAAUUAGGCUGGGAAAGAAUAACAUCAACUGCCGUCAAUGAAGGCUAGUAUGAGGCUUGGGAUUGCUACCGUGGAGGGGCGAGGGAGGUAUGGCGGUGGGGGCAGAUGUCAUAGGCGAAGGGGAUCAACAUACGGAUAUGCUCGUACCCCUUCCAAUCUGCGCCCCAUCCCAAGGGACGAGAGUAGGGUGAGCAAGGAUUACUCACCUCCGUCACUGGUGCUGUGCAAUGCCAGGUGUAUAGGCAACAAAACCGCCACCCUGCGAGAUUUCUUUACCUCGCACGGGGUUGACCUGGCUUGUGUGACAGAGACCUGGGUGCGUGAAGGAGAAACAGUUACCUUACGAAAGAUGGCGUCUCCGGGUUUCUCCGUUCUCCACCAGUCGCGGACUGUGGGCCGGGGGGGGGGGAGAGGUGGCAUCAUUAAUCCGGGAAGAUUGUUCUUUCAGGGCUCUACCAUCCCCAUCGAUCCUCGGCAUUGAAUGUGUUGGCCUAGCGUGGGGCUCUGAGGUGAGCUUGGCUGUCUGGCUGGUGUACCGGCCAUCUAGCGCACCAGCAGCCACCCUGUCAGGCCUACUGGAGGCGGUGGACGGCUGGGCCUUGGAGUUCCCUAACCUAUUGGUAUUGGGGGACUUCAACAUCCAUGCUGAUGCCACUCCCUCUUCACAGGCUCUGGACCUGGUGUCUUCCAUGGCGACACUAGGGCUCUCCCAGUUUGUUUCGGGCCCCACACAUCCAGCAGGCCACACGCUGGAUUUGAUCUUUGGCGUAGGUAUAGAUGUGGUCAUGUCUCCUUUGAUGAAGGUGCCAUGGUCUGAUCAAUACGCUCUGAAAGCCAGGAUUGACUCCCCCCUCCCCCCUGCUUAGGUGGCGAGCCGAUUUGGGCUUGCCCGCAGAGGCUGAUGGACCCUGAUAGAUUCCGCCAAGCCUUGCGGGACCUUCCUCCCCCUGGCGACUCAUUGACUGAGCUUGUUGAGGGGUGGAAUACCCAGCUCCUGGCGCCCUCUGCGACCCUGCAGAAGCCGGGCUCCCUGGUUUACCGAAAAUGA